CCCAGUCAAGGCAAGGCAAAGCUCAGCUACGAAGCCGCGAAUCUCCAAGAUCAAGAGAAAGGUAUUCCCACCCAGCCUCGGCUCUAAUCGCUACGGUAAACAGGAUCGCCGCAGGUGCUCAUUAGAAGAAGAAUUAACUAUUUGUAAUUUUAUCACUGAGAAGACUUCUCUAGUUGUCGAAAUGCCUGUUGCUUCAACCAACUCUGAGACAGCUAUGCAGCAGGUCCUGGAUAACCUCGGUGACCUCCCCAAUUCCAUGGGAGCUGGAGAUCUGGAUCUCAUCUUUCUCCGUGGCCUCAUGGAGAGUCCAAUAGUAAGGUCAUUGGCUAAGGCUCAUGAACGCCUGGAGGAGACAAAGCUGGAGGCUGUGCGGGACAACAAUUUGGAGCUGGUCCAGGAGAUACUUAAAGACAUCACACACAUUGCUCAGCAAGAUAGCACAGCAGCUGAACUGGCUCGCAUCCUCCAGGAGCCCCACUUCCAGUCCCUUUUGGAAACCCAUGAUUCUGUUGCCUCUAAGAGUUACGAGACUCCACCACCCAGUCCCGUUCUGGACCCCAUGUUCAACAACCAGCCAGUUCCACCAGAUGCUGUACGCAUGGUGGGAAUUCGUAAGACUGCUGGAGAACACCUGGGUGUGACUUUCCGUGUGGAGCGUGGUGAGCUGGUUAUUGCACGUAUCCUACAUGGUGGCAUGAUUGAUCAACAGGGGUUGCUGCAUGUGGGUGAUAUUAUCAAGGAGGUGAAUGGGCAAGAGGUGGGCAGUGACCCACGAGCUCUCCAAGAAGUGCUAAAAAACGCAAGUGGGAGUGUGGUACUCAAGAUCCUGCCCAGUUAUCAGGAGCCACAUCCACCACGCCAGGUGUUUGUGAAAGCCCAUUUUGACUAUGAUCCAGUCACUGACAACCUUAUUCCUUGCAAGGAAGCUGGUCUGAAAUUUGUAGCUGGAGAUCUUCUUCAGAUUGUCAACCAGGAUGAUCCCAACUGGUGGCAGGCCUGCCAUGUGGAAGGUGGCAGUGCAGGGCUGAUCCCAAGCCAGCUGCUGGAAGAGAAACGCAAAGCUUUUGUGAAGCGUGACCUUGAAGUCACACCAUCUUCAGGGGCCUUGUGUGGAAGCCUUAGUGGGAAGAAAAAGAAAAGGAUGAUGUAUCUGACUACCAAAAAUGCAGAGUUUGAUCGACAUGAGCUGCUGAUCUAUGAAGAAGUGGCUCGAAUGCCUCCUUUCCGCAGGAAAACUUUGGUGCUCAUCGGUGCCCAGGGGGUUGGACGGCGUAGUAUUAAGAACAAGCUUAUCAUGUCUGACCAGUCUCAGUAUGGAACUACCAUCCCAUACACCUCACGGAGGCCCAAGGAGCAUGAAAAAACUGGACAAGUCUACAGCUUUGUGACUAGAAGUGAGAUGGAGAGAGACAUCAAAGCAGGCCGCUAUCUGGAACAUGGUGAAUAUGAGGGGAACCUCUAUGGAACUAAGAUUGACUCCAUCCAUGAGGUUGUGGAAUCAGGCAAAAUGUGUAUCCUGGAUGUUAACCCACAGGCUGUGAAGGUGCUGAGGACAGCUGAGUUCGUCCCAUAUGUGGUGUUCAUUGAAGCACCAGAUUUUGAGACUUUACGAGCUAUGAACAAAGCAGCUUUGGAAAGUGGUGUAGCUACUAAGCAACUCACGGAUGCUGACCUGAAGCGAACUGUGGAUGAGAGCUGCCGAAUCCAGCGAGUUUUGGCUGGCUGCUUAUCCAUUCACCACUUGGAUCUGAUCUGAACUAAGAGAAAAGCAAACAAAAUAAAGCAGUAACUUACAUGAAGCUCCAGCACUCAUUUCUGUGGGAUGAAACCUAGAAAGGAGCGAGAUGCAGUAUGAACAGAAAAGAGCAUUUGUGCUGAAAUUGGUCCUCCCAAUUGGUCCUCCCAAUUUCUCACUAGCUUCUCCUGCAACCGAGACUUUCAUUUUUUCUGUCUCAUUCAUAGGAUGCUUCCUCUAUUCUAAUGCUGCUAUUGUCGUUUAAAAUACUCCUCUCUCUCUAACACUCUCGGGCUUCCCUUGGUGCUCCUUCUUCCCAAUAUGAACACCCACCCCCCCAGGGCUGCCCUCUUCUGGCAUUGGGCUGAAAACAGGAAGCCACAAAAGCUACAGACUGCUGGAGAGUUGUUUGGAGAAUCAGAAAUGGAACACUCACCUUCACCAACCGUUUAUUAUUUAUUUAUUUUUAUUUUAUUAAAUUUUUAUACUGCCCUUCUCCCAAAGGACUCAGGGCGGUGUACAGCCAAAAUAAAAUACAGAAUAUAUACAAUUAAAAGAAUUUAAAAUAAAACUAUUACUAAACGGCUGAUAAUUAAAAAAGAUUUAAAAAUUUAAAAUAUUAAUAAAACCCCAAUUUAAAAUCAACUAUUUAUGCCAGUCCUGCUUGAAUGAAUAAAUAUGUUUUUAGCUCACGACGAAAGGUCCGAAGAUCAGGCACUUGACGUAAACCAUGUAACUAAGAUAAAUGGAAGAACUGCACCAUGAGAUUUUACUGGAUGUUUUUUUCCCCUUUGGAAAAGGAAUCCAAGAACAAUUGUUUACCACCCCAUUGAACAUUUUUCAGCAUAACCCCAGAUAAUAUAUUUGCCCUGCUCGAUAAAUGUACAUUCUUGAUCAGAAAUAGUUAAUUAGAAAAAUUGGAUCUGGUUGGAAAUGUUCCAUCAUAAUUUAUGUACCAAUGUAAGGACAAAAUAUAGCUCAAAAUUCAGGCCCCGUGUGUUUGUGUGUGUAUCAAAGAGUUACACUAGCAAUCUAAUGAACUAAAUAGAAAACCAAUGGCCAACAAAUUAUAUUGGGGCUCAAUUGUUUUAGGAGUUUAAUUUUACCACUAGCCAGUAAAAAUAUCUUUUCUCCUACAAGCAAAGUGCUUUCCAACCAGAAGGUGGCAGCCUAUUCUUACUAAACAAUUUUAUAGGCAAAGAAGGAGGUCAGAACUCUUUUUGACACCAUUUUUAAUCAUCCAGCGGUUUCUCAAUAGAAAUUUCUUGAUCGGACUACUGAA